AUCUCUGGUUGAACUGAACCGAAUCAAGACGCCGUUACGCCGCUUCGAGUUCAGACGUUGAGGCAUCAUCAUAGCAUAGAAGCAACGGCGGCGGAAGCCACCGUUCGACGCCGGAGCCACCGAUCUGUUUCUGUCGUAUAAUUUAAAGUAACAUAGUCAUGGCAAUGAACCAUGCCAGGUCUGUUAGGCACAUUCUUACCGCCAAAGAGGCAUUUGGGGUUGCAUGCCAACGAACUUUUGCCACUGGUAAAGCAAAGAAAGGAUCUAAAGGAGGUGGGCCUGCUGAUGCACCCAAAGCAUCAAGUCUUAGCAAAGAAAUCAAGUCAAGUACAGUUGUAGGUGCCAACAUUCUCAAGGAUGGAGUUGAUCCAAAAAUCCUGCCUGAUACAGAAUACCCUGACUGGUUGUGGCAUCUGCUUGAUAAACGCCCAGCACUGAGUGAAUUACGUAGGAAGAAUAUUGAAGCACUCCCUUAUGAAGAUCUUAAACGCUUUGUUAAGCUGGAUAACCGAGCAAGGAUCAAGGAGAAUAACUCUGUCAAGGCCAAGAACUGAUUCAAUGGUCAAAAAGAGAAAUUUGGGGG